AUGCUGGACAAAGAAUAUCGUCAGCAUGAACUCAGACAAAAUUUUAAAUUUCAAUUUGAUCAUUCUUGUUUUGGAUGCCUUGAGCUAGUGUUUAGUCCUCAGGAUGAGCCAAUAACUGGUUGGAUUGUUAGUCCUGAUAUAGUACCAUGUCAGAUUAAAGAAAGAGAGAUAAAUAAAUUUGGUUUUGACAUUAAUACAAUUCCUCCAUCUUGUCCGGUAUCAAUAUAUGCUGACAGCAGUCGUCCUGAUACUGUUCAUGUACUGAAGUAUGCUAUACCAUUGAAAGGUUUACUGGAUCCAGUGAAAAUCAAUAUUAACAGAUCACUGAGAGAUAUAUUAGAUGCAGGUCAUUCUGUUGGUACUAAAGAUGUUCCUAAUCCUGGUUCACAUAAUGACCUCAAGAAGCACCUUAAUGAUCUGAAGCGUUUCCUUUCUACUUCAGAAGCAAAGUUCCGUGACAUAGCUAAUGGUUGUAAAGAAGUACAAAUUAUUGAUUCUUCUCAGUAUGAUGAGUUAUUUGAUGGAAUGAAUAACCAGUCUUUAUCAAAAAGAGUAGAACUUUUUAUGGGAAAUAUUACAUUAUUAAUUGAAAUUUGUCCUGAUCACAUUAGUACAUUCCUGUCUAUACUGAGGGAACAGGAUCAUGUUGUUCUUUCUACAUUAGCUGACAGGAUUGCUGCUUCAUUAGAUACAUGAACAAGAUAAUGAUUACAGGAGCAAUGACAUUACAUUACUUAUGUUUCUAUUUUUCAUAUGCAUUUUUUAUUUUACACUGUUCCAUAUGUAUAGUUUUGUGUUUGUAUUAGCUUUACAAAAGAGAAA